CAGCUCUCUAAAGCCAGACAUUCCCAAAUGGUACGUUUGAGGAAGUAAACCAUGUGGCUGACGAAAUAGCUAAACUUGCAGAACACUGAUGUCAAGUUGAUGCAAGUCUUGACUGUUAUGUCGAAGGGGCUAUAGAAAUCUCAAGUCUUGUUGGAAGGACUCAUCAUUCUCCAAGCAACCAGGCAUUAAACAGUGUUGCGCUGUCCAAGGGGACAAGAGGAAACUGUGUUUGGCCAUGCUGUGUUCAACAGAUGAAUUCCCCCCUGGUGGAGCCUACUCCUGAGGAGAUCUGCACUCAGUAUACUAAUAACCACAGCAACUAUGUUCUAAGAUAUUUGUUCCAGAUUGGGGUGAAACAUGUGUCAGUUUCAUUGCCAGUGCUGACAACUAUUCAGGAUCAGAUGAGAAGCACAGUGGCAGCCUGCCGCUCAGGCAUUAAUGACACUGCAGCAUGUUUAAAGGAAAGCAAAUUGGAGAAAGCAGCGGCUGUGGUUGACAACUUCUGCUCACAGUACUUUAAAAUGGAGUUGCCUGCAUUCAAAACAAAAAAUCAUCUUGAGUUCCAGGGAAAUGAGCCCAAGAGCCAGGCAUGGAUAGAUCUGACUACCAGUUGCUGCUUCCAGCAUUGAUCUGCACAGUUCUGCCAAAAACUGGUGAGCAUGCUCCUGCUUUAUCACAGGAAUGCACAAUGGAACAGAAACGUGUUUAUUACUUCUAGAAAUAUGUAGAAAUUAACUGGGUGCUAUUUUUUAAAAGAAAAAAGAAUCAUUAUUCACACAUCUGCUCUAUUUGUUGUUUUACAAUUUGAUUAUAGAUAUUUGGUCACAUUAAUCUAUUUAAGUUUUAUAUUCUAAAACUUUUCAUGCAUUAAUUUUUUUAACUAUGCAUUGUAUUGUGGCAAAUGUGUAUCUGAUAUUUUAACAGUCCAUUUUAAUUAGCCUUAACGAUUGUGUUCUUUGAUUUUAUUGUCUUUCUCCUAAUGAGCUCCCAUUAGAGACAGCACACAGUAUGAAGACACGGUUGUAAGAACCCAGUUUUGUUCAGAAAAUCCUCUGUAAUCCUGAGAGAUUUUUCUUUUUGCACUUCGAGAAGUGUAAAUGUGUACUAGAUGACCACAUACAGAGACUAACAGCAAUUAAAAAGUAUUCGUCUUCAAAGCGAAAGAUUUCAGUCAAAGAGAGAGUUGGUCAAACAACUAAUUUUCUCAGGGGAGGAAAGAGGAAAAACAGACAGCCGGUCUGGCAGAAAUAAAAAUUCUGAGCACAGAACCCAGACAUGAUGGAAUUGAAUCCAUCCAAACAGGGCUUAACUAAGGGUUGGUCACAGACUAAGGAAGGGUUAAACAAUGGCUUUUAUGUGUUUACCAGAUAUUUCAUGGAAUUUUGUGAAUUAAUUUUGUAAUGCACCCAGCAUGUAGAAAUGAAGGGUAGAUGUUACACCACAGAGGGAUACUUUAAUAAAUCUGUGAAUUAGGAACCAGAUUAAAAAAAUGACCAAAUGUAGCUAUUAAAGGGAUUAUUAUUGUUUAAUUUUUUUGCAAGCAUGGCUAUUAACUGCAUGUAAGAUCAGCUUACCUUCUGCUUCUCAUCAUUUCAGCAGCAAUUACAGAAAUGUCAAGAGCACCAAAACGAUCAGAAGUAAUAGCUAGGGCCACAUGUUGCUGUUAAUUAAUUUAAAUUUCUGUUUGCCUUUAACAUGACAGAAGCGGUCAUUAAGUACGAACACGGCAGUGCAGCUUUAGCGCUUACUGCAGGGUUUCCAUGACAGAUCCUGAGCUUAAUCGAUUGCAUAUUCUGAAUAGAAAACGUUUAAUUAUACGGCAUUUGUUUUCCUCCUGUCCCCACAAGGUUUAUGACGUAAGUGCGAACACUGUUCUAUUAUUAGACCCCCAACACACACACACACACACACACACACACACACACACACACACAAACAGAUGCACAUCAGAAUGUUGG